ACACUUAACACUCUCAGAACUGGCCUUUCUCGUGUGGUGCUCUGUGUCAACGCUGCACCCCACCAUGGCCGUGACUGCCUGCCAGGGCUUGGGGUUUGUAGUUUCACUGAUCGGGAUUGCGGGUGUCAUUGCCGCCACCUGCAUGGACCAGUGGAGCACUCAGGAUUUGUACAACAACCCGGUGACAGCUGUAUUCAACUACCAAGGGCUGUGGCGCUCCUGUGUCCGAGAGAGCUCUGGCUUCACUGAGUGCCGAGGCUACUUCACCCUGCUGGGCCUACCAGCCAUGCUGCAGGCGGUGCGAGCCCUGAUGAUUGUGGGCAUCAUCCUGGGUGCCAUCGGCCUCCUAGUAUCAAUCUUUGCCCUGAAGUGCAUCCGCAUUGGCAGCAUGGAGGACUCCGCCAAAGCCAAAAUGACACUGACCUCUGGAGUCAUGUUUAUUAUUGCAGGUCUCUGUGCAAUCGCUGGAGUGUCUGUGUUUGCCAACAUGCUGGUUACUAACUUCUGGAUGUCUACAGCUAACAUGUACACCGGCCUCGGGGGGAUGGUGCAGACUGUUCAAACCAGGUACACCUUUGGAUCGGCCCUGUUCGUGGGCUGGGUCGCUGGAGGCCUCACACUCAUUGGGGGCGUGAUGAUGUGUAUAGCCUGCAGGGGCCUGGUGCCCGAAGAAAGCAACUACAAAACUGUGUCUUAUCAUGCCUCAGGCCACAAUGUUGCCUACAAGACUGGAGGCUUCAAGGCUAGCACUGGCUUUGGGCCCAGCACCAAAAACAAGAAGAUAUAUGAAGGGGGUGCCCACACAGAGGAUGAGGGACAAUCUCAACCCUCCAAGUAUGACUACGUGUAGCACUCCAAGACACCUCAUCAUGGGCAGAAGAAAACCCAAAUUAGAGCUCACCCCAAAACAAAGAACAUUUUACCUUGACCCCUGAUUGUUUUAGACUCUCUGAUGAAGUUAGGAAAGCCUUCAUUUCACCUGCAGUGAGGCCAGAUGGUUUUAGCCAAAUGGCUCUGCCUCUAAAUGUUCCAUCACAAAACAGCUGAGCUAUCAGAUAUGAUGUAGUGAUCCUCUGUUUCUCUUUUCUUAAUAUAACCUUCCUAAUCUGAUGAUAGAAUGUGGUUUGAAUUCCUAUCAGACACUUGAAUGAUUUAGAUAGACUCUCCCUCCUCCUCCUAGCCAAUAUCUCAUUGAUUCUGUAUUUCUCAGCUCAUCCCCCAGAACAAAUCUGAAAGGGAAAAAAGAAAGUCUGUCAAAAAACAUCAUUUCCUGCUAUUUGAUUUUUGCAUCCCCACGCCCCAACUUGGCUACUAAUAAACACUGAUUGAAGAGGUGAGAGGGGGGAAUUAUUUGUAAUGUCUCUAGCCCAUUAUCCAAGUUUUCUUAGGCUGUGAUCAUAAAUGUUACCUGGACCAAAGUGUUUCAGGUUGAGGAAACCAGACUUUCCAUAUUUUUGCAGGGGGGUUGGGAGCAUCUGCUAAUUCCAGCAAGACUCUCCCAAGGGUUUCCUGAGCUCUCCACUAUAGGUCCUUGUUCUGUCACAGGCCAGAAAGUAUCCCUAGAAGAAUGAGAAGAGGAUUUUUUGGUACUCUAAAUAUAUUUUGUAUUCUCCAUAGAGUUAGAAUAAAUAAUGUCUUAGUAAAAUGAUA